AUGAAGUUAGCAUCGUUACUGGCGCUGGGAGGCGUUGCCUCUACUGUCACCGCUAUAGCGAUUCAGCAGCCGAAUCAAGCGGUCUUUCAGGAUGAGAGACUUCCGGCUACUGAGAAGUUCCUGAUCGAGCUCGGUCCUGGUGAAACGAGAUGGAUCACCGAGGACGAGAAAUGGGCGCUGAGAAGGAAAGGCGUGAAUUUUAUGGACAUAACGGAAACGGUUGACUUGGGAAAAUCGAUUUCCUCCAAAGCUACCGUGACGUUUCCGAAAAGGCCAGUUCACAAUGAUAGCCUUGUGCCGCUUCUGAACAACCUGUCCAAAGAGCACAUGCACAAGAAUUUAGAGCACUUCACCUCGUUCCACACAAGGUACUAUAAGUCCUCGUAUGGCGCCGAAUCGGCAGCUUGGCUGUACAGCCAGGUCAAUCAGACCAUCUCUGCGGCGGGAGCGAAUAAGUACGGAGCGCAUGUCGAGCUUUUCAACCAUCCGUGGCGCCAGCCCAGCGUGAUAGCUCAGAUCCCAGGAAAGACUGACAAGACGGUCGUGAUUGGAGCGCAUCAAGACAGCAUCAACCUCUUUCUCCCUUCGAUCCUUUCAGCACCCGGUGCGGAUGACGAUGGAAGUGGAACGGUGACCAUUCUGGAGGCUCUGAGAGUUUUGUUGCAGUCCGAGGAUAUUGUCAAGGGCAAGGGCGAGAAUACGGUGGAGUUUCACUGGUACUCGGCCGAAGAGGGCGGGCUGUUAGGCAGCCAGGCUGUCUUUGCCGCUUAUGAAAAGCAGGGCCGUGACGUGAAGGCAAUGCUCCAACAAGACAUGACCGGAUAUAUUCAAAAGACGCUUGAUGCUGGUGAACCUGAAAGCGUCGGCGUCAUCACGGAUUAUGUUGAUCCGGGGUUGACAGAGUUCAUCAAGCAAGUCAUCACCGAAUAUUGCGACAUCCCAUAUGUCCUUACGAAGUGCGGUUAUGCAUGCUCUGACCAUGCUUCGGCCUCAAAAGCUGGAUAUCCCUCGGCCUUUGUGAUUGAGUCCGACUUCAAGUUUUCGGAUAAGAAGAUUCACACAUCCGAUGACCGACUAGAGUAUUUGAGCUUUGACCACAUGCUUCAGCAUGCUCGUCUCACUCUUGGACUGGCAUAUGAGCUUGCCUUUGCGGAUUUUGACUAG